CUCUGGCGCAGUACCGUGCGGAAGGCGGGUCUUAGAGUCAGUAUAGUGGAAUACUAUUGGCCAGUGAGUUUGCCUAUCAACGCAGAAGCGGCGUACGCAUAGCAAUAAUGGCUGAUUCUCAUGUCAUGGCUCACCAGCGCUGUCAGGAGAAGACACCCGUCCAGAUCCUGCACGAGUAUGGCAUUAAAAUCGGCCGCGCGCCCGUGUACGCGCUCCUCCAGUCUGACGGAGAAGCGCACCAGCAAUCCUUCAUCUUCAGUGUCACCAUAGGAGAAAUCACAUGCAAAGGUCGAGGAGCCACUAAAAAGGCUGCAAAACAUGAAGCUGCAGAAGCCGCAUUGAACUUAUUGAAACGAGACACCCGGCCAAAUGAUCAGAGAGAUGGUGUUUCUCCUGAAGCCGGAGACGCAUCCAAUCCUGUAGGAGUCCUGCAGGAGCUGGCCAUGCAGAGAGUCUGGUGUCUGCCGGAGUAUGUGGUGUCUUUGGAGACCGGGCCGGAUCACAUGAAGGAGUUCACUGUUACCUGUCGUCUGGAAGGCCUGGAGGAGUCAGGCACCGGCAGCUCCAAAAAGCAGGGCAGACGCGCAGCAGCCGAACGCAUGCUGGGGAAACUACAGAGUCUGUCCGGAUCUCCCGAGAUCACAUGGAGCCCUCCGUCUCGCGUGUAUGUGGAAAGCUUACGGCAGGCCACAGGGGAGAAGAUGUCCCUCCUGAGGAGGACGCCGCUCAGCAUCCCAAACACAGACUACAUUCAGAUGCUGCUGGAGAUCUCACUGGAGCUGGGCUUUCAGGUCACAUACGUAGACAUCGAUGAGCUGACCGUGAACGGCCAGUACCAGUGUUUGGUGGAGCUGUCCACCCGACCGGUGACGGUGUGCCACGGGACAGGGAUGACCAGCAGUAACGCCCACAACACCGCAGCACAUAACGCCCUGCAGUACAUCAAGAUGGUCGCUAGUAAACUCUAACAGCAGGUCCGGGAUCAGUGUGCACAUGAUUUCUGACCUGCACGUACUGACCCCGAGCCUGUUUCACACAGCACACACAAAACACAUACUGACCCGAGACCAGACUCGCUGAUGAAAAUAAAUGAAUUUCUGGAUUACAACACUGAGUUUAUUCUUGGUUGUUGAAAACCGUUACAUUUACAUCCGAAUAUACAGUGAACCUCAAACUGGAUGUACUUAGUUUUUUUGAUUGUCACUACAUGAAACCUGACUGAAAUACUCACAUACAUAUAUAUAUAUAUAUAUAUAUAUAUAUAUAUAUAUAUAUAUAUAUAUAUAUACUUUUUUAAUUGCUUACACCCUCAAACCUUUCGCUCAUAUACCAUAACUUAAGACCAAGUUACAAUCAAAAUCAAAAACAACCUGACCACAAAAAAAUAAUUCCCCCUUGCAUUUCUGCUUACAGUAUUUUGUAAAUCUAUUCUGAAUAUGCACACAAGUCAAGUCACCUUUAUCUCUUAUGCUUUAUACAGCGCAGAAUGUUUCAAAGCAGUAGUUACAAAUUCAAACAAGCCUAUACUGUCAUUAUACAGAUCAAGUUAGUUCAGUGUUGAUUCAGUCCAGUUUUAUAACUAAUGCUCAUCAGUUGUGCAUACUGUAUUUACAGUGCAUUCUUGUACACACGUGUGUGUGGGUGCUGUGACACAAGAUAGUACUUUAGAUAGUACUGUCAAGAUAGUACUUUGCAAAAAUAGCAAAAACAAUUUUUUAAAGUUAAAAUUAAAAGUUAAAAAUUCUUUUGAUUUUGCAUGAUAGAGUGUGGCGAAAACAAGCCAUAGUUUCAAUAAUUGUGUAAGCAAUUAAAAAAACAUCAACUGUAAGGUUUACAGUGCGUUCUCGAGGCUCAGAGAGCAGUGAACGCUUUAAACCGGUAUCUGUGAUGGUUAAACGAAGCUUCGCGAUGCAUCGCAAAACGUUUUUCACUACGCUGUACGGUGUGUCCACCUACUGGUCAUUACUGUGUAUAGCACACAACAAACUUACAUCCACUGGUUUCAUCCGAUUUGCUUCUUUAACUCAUCUCUUUUAUUUAGACAAGUAGAAGUGAAUCUUUUAUUUAUUUUAUUUUAGUUAUUUGAUUAUAACUAUAACAAAGUUUGUUUGGGCUUUAUAUAUUGGGGGAAACAAUGUACUAAAGAAAACCAUGAUGAAGUGUGAAUACUGUUACAUGAAUAAACAUCUUUUUUUUUUACACAACAAGCUUCACUACAUGUUGAUAUGGGUGCCGCUGUGUGAAACAGGCCUUCACGGACAAAUACAUGGACUGCACUCAUUUGGCAAAUAAAGAUACAUCAAACCUA